AUGAUACUGGAUAGUCAGUUGAAUACUAUUGCAUUGACCUUUGGGUUUGCCUCCAUUAUUUUGAUCUUGGUGUAUCAUGCUAUUUCCACCAAUAUCAACAAUCUUCAACACAAGAAAAAGGUACAAUAA